AUGGCUAACUUUUUCUGGAGAGAUGGUCGAUCUAGAAUUGACUAUGAGAUUUUUGGUGAUGUCGUUUAUUUUGAUACCACAUAUCGGACAAACAAGUAUUGUAUGAUUUGUGCACCAUUUAUUGGAAUAAAUCAUCAUUGGCAGAAUAUAAUUUUUGGUUGUGCUUUUUUAUCUGAUGAGUCGGCAGAAUCUUUCAAAUGGUUAUUCUCUACGUUUUUAAAGUCAAUGGGAGGCAUUUCCCCGCAAACUAUUAUAACUGAUCAAGCUCAAGGAAUGGCAAUUGAUAUUAGAAAAGUGAUGUCUGGAACUAGACAUAGACUGUGUCAAUGGCACAUAUCCCAGAAUGCCCCAUCUCAUUUGGGCUCACUUAAUAAUGAUAAAGGUUUUUCUAAACUUUUCAACAAGUGUAUGUCAGAAUGUGAUUCUAUUACUGAGUUUGAAGAAACCUGGGAGAUGAUGCUUACAAUGUAUAAUAUAGAAGAACAUAAAUGGUUGAAGAAUCUUUACAAUAUUCGACACAUGUGGUCCACAACUUUUAAUAAUGAUGUCUUUAGUGCUGGAUUGAAAGCCUCAUCUCGAAGUGAAAGUACUAAUCAUGUAUUAAACGGGCUUGGUGACUUGAGCACUUAUUUGCACAUAUUUGUCACUAACUAUGAGAAAAAUGCAGUAAAUAAGUGGCGGCUGAGUGAAGAACAUGAAGACUUCAACUGUAAACAAGGUGGACCUACUCUUGCUGUAAAAGUUUUCACUUCUAAUAAGGUUAGAGAAAUCCUAGCGAAAUAUAUUUUGAAGAGAUGGGCCAAAGAUGUGAGGAAUAGAAUAAAAGAUUUGCCAAGCAAGAGCUCUUCUAGCAAUGGAAAUUCGGAAUCAUCUGAGAUUGUUUACACUAAUAGUGUGAUGAAGGCUUGUUACAAUCUUGUUUAUCUUAGAAAAUCUAAUACAGAGUGUCGAGAAAUUUUUCAAAGACAUCUCAAAAAUGCUUCAGAUGAAUUGGAUGACUAUCUAGGAAAAUUGGACAACAUUACUGUUCAUUCUUCAGCAAAAAAAAUGUUUUGUUUGAUUAUAGUGAAAUCUCAAAAAGUUGAUGCACCACCAAUAAAAAGUUUGUUUGAGAACAAUGUAUACACUCCUCGUCAAGCAACACCGUCUAUAUCAGAAGUCAGUUUACAAGAUACUGCUUUUGACUUGGAUUUGGAUGACUCAAAUGUCUCAUUUUUAACCUUGUUACAAGGUGUUGAGAAUACUACACACAAUCAUCUGCAAGUACAUGGAAAUCAGGAUGAAACUACAAUUGAAGUGUCAGAUCUUCUCGGAGAAUGA